GGGAAAGCGAAAAGACCAAGAUGGCUGACUGAGCGGCAUUGACUUUCCGGAGAAGUUUUAAGCUCUUAUAGCAAGGAAUACCUCAAACUAAGUGUUUUCUAAAAACACCCACAGCACAGAAGUUGAGUUUUGGAGCGAUGGAGUGUUCUCUGAGGUGAAGAUAGAAGACGUGAUAGAAGAUGGACGACUACUGCUAUGCUAAGAUGGCGACGUCCGCUAAAAGAGAACAUGAAAGAGAAUCAACUUCCAGCAAAUCACCAACGGAGAUAAAGACGAAAGAUGAAGACAUCCAGCAGCUGAUUGGUCAUCCAGAAGAACUUCCCCCUCAUUUGGCAGAAGGGAGCUCCACUUUGAAGCAGGAGACUCCACAGCCACCCCACAUUAAAAAGGAAGAGGAGGAACUCUGGAUCACUCAGGAGGGAGAGUGUCUUCUAGGACCACAGGAGGCUGAUCUCACCAAGUUGCCACUGACUGUUGUCUCUGUGAAGAUUGAAGAUGAUGAAGAGAAACCACAAGUAGACAAUCUCUUAGCUCCACUAUCAGGUAGUGAAGCUGAAGAUGAGGUUGAAGUACCUUUGAGCAGCGAUACCGACUCUGAAGGUGAUAUGAGGACUCACAUUGACACCAAACACUUUGAAUUCUCUAAAAAGAAGAGAGGUAAACAAUGUUUCAGCUGCUCAGUUUGUGAUAAAUGUUUUACUAGAAAGAGAGAUUUGACUCAACACAUGAGAACACACACAGGAGAAAAACCAUUUAGUUGUUCAGUUUGUAGUAAAAGCUUUUCUCAAAAAAGCAAUUUGACUCCACACAUGAGAACGCACACAGGUGAAAAAACAUUUAGUUGUUCAGUUUGUGGUCAAUGCUUUACUCUAAAAUGCAAUUUGACUCAUCACAUGAGAACACACACAGGAGAAAAGACAUGCGUUUGUUCUGUUUGUGGUCAAAGCUUUUCUCAAAAAAGCAAUUUGACGCAACACAUGAGAACACACAACGGCCAAAAACCAUUUAAUUGUUCAGUUUGUGGUAAAAGCUUUUCUCAAAAGAGUAGCUUGACUCUACACAUGGGCACACACACGGGGAAAAAAACAUUUAAUUGCGCAGUUUGUGGUAAACGCUUCUCUCAAAAGGGCAGUUUGACUCGACACAAAACAACACACACAGGAGACAAACCAUUUAAUUGUUCAGUUUGUGGUAAAGGUUUUUCUCAAAAGAGCGGUUUGACCAAGCACAUGAGAAGACUCAAUGAAGAAAAACCAUUUAGUUGUUCAGUUUGUGGUAAACAAUUUCAUCUUAAUGCAGAUGCAUUAAGACACAUAAGAACACACACAGGGGAAUAACAGAUCACCAAUCUAGUUUAUAAUAUGUUGGUCGUAAGUGGCAACAUCCACCCAAACCCAAGACCUCCUCUUUUUUCAUAAAUAUCUGAUGUACUUGUACAAAUAAGGAUUAUCUGGAGCAUAAUAUUAUCUCCUCUUGACCCAUACUUGCCAACCUUAAGACCUCCGAUUUCGGGAGGUGGGGGGAAAUACUUAACUUAU